UAAACGGGAUUGCGCUGCUACUGCUUUUUUGACCAGAGUUCCUGUAGGUUAUGAUGUAUACGAAAUCAACGUGAAUAUUUAUAAGAUGUACUUCAAAUAUUGUACAAUAAACCAUAUGAUCUGCAGGAAGUACGUGCUAGCGGACUUUUAUUUUGACAUCUGUCCGACAGGAAGUGCCUAAAUGCGUGUUGACGCGGUGAAGUUGUAGGACAUGGGGGUUAAAAUAGAGGUUUUUAGGAUGAUGGUCUAUCUGUCCUUUCCAGUGACGAUGUUUUGGAUUUCAAAUCAAGCCGAGUAUUUUGAGGAAUACAUCGUGAAAAGAAAGAGGGAAAUCUUCCCCCCUGAUGAAAAAAUGAAUAGACAAAAACUAGAGGACUUUAAGGAGCGCAUGAGGAACAGGAGAGAAGAUAAGAUGCUGAAGCAGAUGGAGUCUGAGGAAUGAUCACAAGACCAAAUAAUAAUUUAUUCUAUCAUACUGCAACCUUGGAAUCGAGACUUAUUGCGUAUCAUUGGUGUGUUUAUAAGUGACUAACCAUGUAUUCAAUGGUUUGAGAAUAUGGUUUUAAGUUAUAUGACUCAGUGAACAGGUGGGGAAAUGUAUAUAUUUGUAAAUAUGAGUUUUCACUCUACACUGUCGUGCACAUAGUCUGACAUGUUUGUAGCUUUCUGAAUGACUGUAAGAACACCGCUUUUGGUUGAAUACUUUUAUGUAUAAAUUCUAUAAAAGUGAAAUUCCAUA